AUGGCAGUGGCCGCCUCUCCAUCUCUCACUCUUCCUCCACCCGCGCAGCGCGCCACCCCAAAGCCGCGCCGCCGCACGCCGCCGCGAGACGUGGUCUCAUGGACGUCCGCCAUCGCGCGCCCGGCGCGGGAGGGCGACCUGCCGGCGACGGCCGCGGCGCUCUCCGCCAUGCUCUCCUCCCCCGCCGCGCCUGCGCCCAACGACGUCACGCUCCUCACCGUCAUCUCCGCCUGCGCCGGCGCCCCCUCUUCCCCGCUCGCCCGCCCCCUCGCGCUAUCUCUCCACGCCCUCGCCAUCAAGCUGUUCCCCGGCCACCUCCUCCUCUGCACCUGCCUCGCGCGGUUCUACCUCGCGUCCCGCCUCCCCCACCACGCCCUCCAGCUCUUCGGCUUCAUGCCUGUCAGGUCCGUGGUCACCUACAACACCAUGAUCACCGGUCUCAUGCGCAACGGCCUCGUCGCCGCCGCGCGCCAGGUGUUCGACGGAAUGCCGGACCCGGAUAAGGUCUCCUGGAUGGCGCUCAUCGACGGGUGCGUCAAGAACGGGCGCCACGACGAGGCGAUCUGCUGCUUCCAUGCCAUGCUGCUGGACGGCGUCGAGCCAGACUACGUCACGCUGGUAGCUGCUAUCUCCGCGUGCGCUGAGGUUGGCGCGCUCGGUCUUGGUAUGUGGGCGCACCGGUUCGUGACCAGGCAGAGGCUGGAGGGCAACAUCCGCAUCGCCAACUCGUUGAUGGACAUGUACGCUCGGUGCGGUCAGGUGGAGUUUGCACGGCAGGUGUUUGACAGCAUGAGGAAGCGGACGGUGGUCUCGUGGAACUCGAUGAUCGUCGGGUUCGCAGCCAAUGGACGGUGCAUGGACGCCAUCGAGCAUUUCGAGGCAAUGCGGAGAAUGGGGUUCAAGCCGGACGCUGUGACGUUCACGGGCGUGCUCACGGCCUGCAGCCAUGCCGGUCUCACGGACGAGGGACUGAGGUACUAUGAUGCCAUGAGGGUGGAGCACGGAAUCGCAGCGAGGAUGGAGCACUACGGGUGUGUGGUCGACCUUCUUGGCCGGGCCGGGCGCCUGGAGGAGGCCAUGAGCGUGGUGGUGACCAUGCCGAUGCGGCCAAACGAGGUGGUGCUGGGAGCUCUGCUCGCUGGGUGCCGGAUGCACGGAGACGUGGACAUGGCCGAGCAGCUGAUGCAAUACCUCGUCGAGCAGGACCCCGGCGGCGACUCGAACUACGUGCUGCUGUCGAACAUCUAUGCCGCUGUCGGGAAAUGGGAAGGCGCAGGCAAGGUCCGGAGCCUGAUGAAAUCCCGGGGAGUCAAGAAGAGGCCUGGCCGGAGCGCCGUGGAGAUCAACGGCGACGUGCAUGAGUUUGUCUGCGGAGAUCAGUCUCAUCCGCAGGCUGCUGAGGUGUUCGACAUGCUUGGCCUGCUGAGCCAUGAGAUGGCAGGGCGUGAGGCCGUGAGUUAUGAAUGAGCACUGGAAUGCAGAAGACAGAAGCU